AUGGUUCUCGUAGCACCCCAAGAACCACCCACACGUGCCCCCAGGGCGGUCCCUGGGUGGCGGGCGGCGGAGGAGAGAGGGGCGGCGGGGAUGGGGGAGGGGGAGACGGUGGGGGUGGGCGGGGAGGGGGAGGAGAGGGGGGUGGGGGAGAGGGAGGAGAGGGGGGUGGGGGAGAGGGAGGAGGGGAAGGAGGAGGAGAAGGAGGAGGUUUGGGGGGAGGAGAGGGAGGAGGGUUGGGCGGAGGAGAGGGAGGGGGUUUGGGAGGAGAAGGAGGAGGAGAAGGAGGAGGGGAGGGAGGAGGAGAGGGAGGAGGGUUGGGGGGAGGAGAGGGAGGAGGGUUGGGAGGAGAAGGAGGAGGAGAAGGAGGAGGGGAGGGAGGAGGAGAAGGAGGAGGAGAGGGAGGAGGAGAGGGAGGGGGGAAAGGAGGGGGAGAGGGAGGGGGCGAGUCUGGAGGUGGGGGAGGGAGAGAGUCAGGGGGAGGCGAGGGAGAGUCCGGAGGGACAGCUGGCAAGCCCCCAUUGGGUUCGACAUCCCAACCCUCCUCCACAAGGCUGGGGGAAGGCGGAGGAGGAGAUGGGGGAGGGGGGGAGGGAGGAGGGGGUGAGGGCGGAGGAGGGGAGGGCGGAGGGGGUGAUGGCGGUGGCGAGGGAGGGGGAGGAGAAGGGGGAGGAGGGGAGGGCGGUGGGGGGGAUUCGAGGGGGGGAGAAGGAGGGGGGGAAGGGGGAGGUGGGCUGUCCACAGGAGGGGAGGGGGGAGGAGGGGAGGGGGGAGGAGGGGAAGGGGGAGGGGGACUUUCCAAAGGAGGGGAGGGUGGGGGAGGGGAAGGGGGAGGGGGGCUAG